AUGCGACUUCUCACCCUCACGGCGGUCGCCGUCUCGAUCGCGACGGCGGCGCCCCAGGCCGAGGCGUUCUCGCUGUCCUCGAUCUCGUCGCUACUGUCGAACUACGGCGUCAACGUGACGCUGCCGGACCGUGAGAUCAACUUGCCGCCGCGGGUCGAAGAGGUCGCCGCCCGCGCGCUCGGUCGGGCCGAGUCGGUGCUCGAUCACGUGCUGGGCGAUGGCGGCGUCUUGGACCGCCUCGAUAUCCCGGACAUCGACCUGUCGCACGUCAAUCUCCCCGACAUCGACCUCCCCGAGAUCAACCUGCCGGGCUUCCCUGAGAUUGAACUACCGGACUUCAACAACCCCGAUCUCGAUGCGAUCCUCGAUAACGCACGUGACCGAAUCGCGGAGGCCCGCGCCAGGGCCCGGGAGCGUGUCGACGCCGCGCUCGACAAGGUCGCCGACCGUAUCGACAGCGUGCGGGACCGCCUCGAGGAGCGUUUCCCGGACUACGAGUUCCCCGACUACGAACUGCCGAUUUCGCUCGAAGGCCUGAUCGACGAAGCGCACGGCGUGCUCGAUGACAUUCUCGACGAUGAGACGCCGAGCGUCGCGUCGCUGCUUUCGUCGGAAAGCCUCCCGCCCAUCGUCGCCCAGACCUUCCAUUCAGCCAGCAGCAGCGCGAGCUACUUCUCGCUGCCGGCGACCGCGUCGGUUGCGGUCCCCGAGCCAACCACGGCGCUGCUUGGCGCUGCGGGCCUGCUAAUGGCGGGCGUCACCCGCCGCC